AUGGAUGAGUGUGUGAGACUGGUGGCGGCCCGUGGUGCCGUGUCGGAUCCGGGUCCCCGGAUCCGGUUCAGCCGGACAGGAGAGACCUUUGUGAAGCCGAGCCAGGCUGAACCUGUGACGAUAACCAGACUACAUACCCAGACUAGCCUCAGUGCUCACUGCCUUAAUCGAUAUCCGAAACGUUUGGACCUGAUGUCGGAAGAUAAAGAUUUCACGUAUGAAGAGCUCUCCAAGCUUUCAACCCCUGGCAAUUUGCACCUGGUCAUCAGUGGAAAGGUCUACGCAGUAUCCAAGUUCUUGGAGGAACAUCCAGGUGGUGAUGAAGUCCUAUUAAGUGAAGCUGGUAAGGAUGCCACCGAAUCUUUCGAGGACGUCGGCCAUAGUGAAGAGGCCCGGACCUUGAUGGAGCAGUUUUGCGUAGGAAGUUGCAAACAGGGGGCACCCAAAGGACCGCCGGUCACCAAAAAGUCAACCCAACAAACUCAUACAUCGACCUCCGAUCAACAGUCAGGGGGCUGGGGUUUCAUGGUGCCACUUGCCAUCCUGGCUGCUUAUCUUUCCUAUCGUUUCUACUUUGGCGCAUAA